AUGACUAUAAGAUUUUCAAUACCAGCAUUAUCGAAUCAUCCUGGUCGAGCAGCAUUAGUUUCUGGUUCAAAACGACAACCAGUUAGUCAAAGUAUUCCAAUUGUUAGUCGUCCAAUGAGUUCAAAUUCAACAUCAUCAACAUCAUCUCCAACUUUUAGCAAUAUUGAACAUAUUCGAAGUUAUUCUUUAUCACGUACUCAUUCAGAUCAAUCAUCACAUAUGGCUACUGGUUUAUCAAUACCAUCGGCAAAUCGUCGUACAUCGAUGUCAGAUGUAAAAGAAAAAUCACGAAGAGGUAAUUCACAAAUGGCUAGAGCACCGAAAAGUUUACGUGAAUGGCAUGAACAACCAGUUAAUCUUCUUGAACAACCAUAUCUUUUACAAAAUGUUAAUGUUCAAAUUCUUUCACCAAAUAGUGAUCGAACAAAUCCACCUUUCUUUUGUGACAAUGAAAUAUUGAAAUCUGAAGAAAAUUUAAAUGCUGGAAUUGAAAAUGAUAAUAAUCAAACAAUACAUCGUGCAUCAGAUGUGAAUGAAAAUAAAUAA